AAUUGAUCAACGAUGUGAGGUGUGAAAAGAGGGGACAAUAUAAUUAACAUCGCCUUUGUCAGCAUCGAUUCAGUUUAGUCAUGAUCAUGGAUUCAUUACAAUUUCGGACCAUGACACCAUCAAUCUUAAUUUUUUUCACGAUUCAAUUGUCAUUAGCAGCUGCUUAUUUUGCUAAUAAUCCUAUCGUCGUCUUAGAAACACCAGUACCUGCAGCAAGUCGUCAAAUUCAAGAAGUAACAAAUCAACCCCAACAAAUUACAUCUCGAGCGGGAAACAUUUUACAGGCUAGCCCUUCAUUAUAUACAAAUUAUCAAUUACCAGUUAAACAAGUUGUUCAACAACCUGUUCCUAUAGCUGUUGAACAAUUUAUUCAAGUUCCUUACAAUAAAGUACCAAUUCCAUUGAAGAAGGAAACUCAUUUAAGAAGGAGGAAUGAAGCACCAAGUAAAAUAAAACGUCAAUAUAUAGGAAGUUAUGAAGGUGGAUCUGGUGAAUAUGGUUAUUAUGGUGGUGGUGGUGAUAACUUUGAAAACUUCAACAAUUAUGAUGGCUACGACGAUUACUAUCAAACUCCUGCUGAAUCGAAAAAGGAUGAAAAAUAUUAUGAAGAAGAUAGCCAUGAAGAAGGACAUAAAGGUGAACACGGUGAAGAUCAUCAUUCAUCUCAUGGAGAAAAAGGAGACAAAGGAUACAAAAAUUGGCAUGAACAUGAAGAGGGUAAAAAGGGACAUCAUGACAAGGAACACCAUAAAAAAGAAUAUGAAGAAGAAGAAGGUGGAAAAAAAAAGAAAAAGCAUGAAGAUGGAUACUACGAUGAAUAUCAUCAUGAAGACAAAGGUGAAAAAGGAUCAGGAUUCGAAGAGAAGGGAGAAUUCAAAAAAGGCCAUAGUACUCAUGGAAAACACGUAGUUCAUAAAAAGGAUGAGUAUGAGAAAAAUGUAGACUUCUUUGACGAAAAUCAUUCUCAUGAAGAAGAAGAAAAAGACGGAGGAUACCAUAAAGAACAUAAACAUGCCCAUGGAGGAAAGAAAAAGAAGGGACACCAUCAUUCUGGUCAUCAUGAAGAUAAAUAUGGUAAAGAAAAGAAGCAUUCUGAAGGAGAACAUUAUCAUGAUGAAGAGAAAUAUGACAAGAGUGAUGAGCAUGAUGAUCAUCACCAUCAUGGUUCUAAAUAUGGAAAGAAGGGUGAUCAUGAAGAAGGAAAAAAAUGGUCCCACAAGAAGCAUUAA